AUAUCUUAGUUGUGUCAAUUGUCAUAUUACUUUUAAUUCUAUUUCUCUCAUUUCCAUAGUUUUCUUUUUUGCACUAACUAUUAAUCAUUGGAGUAAUACAAUUUGAAUUAGUAUUUGCCCACCGCUUCUAGUAGGUGGGAUGUGGUUAGGUUUAGGUAUUUUUAAAAGUUAAUAAGUUUACGAUGCUUUCCAGUAAAACAAAACACUAUUUACAUUGUCUUCUUUUUUUAAGUGUGAUAAUAUUUUUUGAGAUAUUUACUGGAGGCAUUAGAAGCUUUAGCAGUGGAGUGUUUAUACCACCAUCAGAGUUAAAUCCAUGGAUUCAGUACGGAGUUCUAGGAACGACUAUUCUGUAUAUAUUGAGAUUCUUAACGUUUCUCCCUCUACCACAAGUACUUUUUAAUUGUGUAGGCUUAACGCUCUAUAACGCUUUUCCGGAAAAAGUAGUGUUAAAGGGAUCACCGCUUUUGGCCCCUUUUAUAUGUAUUCGCAUUGUAACAAGAGGCGACUUUCCACAAUUAGUAAAAAACAAUGUUAGUCGUAAUAUGAACAAAUGUCUAGAUGCAGGUCUAGAAAAUUUCCUAAUCGAAGUGGUAACCGAUAAAUCGAUAGGUUUGGAUCAUCAUAGAAGAAUUAGAGAAGUUGUUGUACCACCUGAUUAUCGUACAAAAAGUGGUGCUUUGUUCAAAGCUAGAGCAUUGCAGUACUGUUUAGAAGAUAAAGUGAAUAUAUUCAGUGAUACCGAUUGGAUCGUUCAUUUAGACGAAGAAACUCUAUUAACGGAAAAUUCAGUCAGAGGUAUUCUAAAUUUCGUCAUGGAUGGAAAACAUCAUUUCGGUCAGGGACUCAUAACUUAUGCGAAUGAGGAAGUUGUUAAUUGGAUAACAACUUUAGCUGACAGUUUUCGCGUAACUGACGAUAUGGGCAAAUUGAAAUUGCAAUUUUUGAUGUUUCACAAGCCUUUAUUCAGCUGGAAAGGAUCUUACGUUGUUACACAGCUGGCAGCUGAAAAAGACGUUUCGUUUGAUAACGGUAUAGAUGGAUCAAUAGCAGAAGACUGUUUUUUCGCAAUGCGCGCUUUCAGCAAAGGCUACAGCUUCAAUUACAUCGAAGGCGAAAUGUGGGAAAAGUCUCCGUUCACAUUCUGGGAUUUCAUUCAACAAAGAAAACGUUGGAUUCAAGGAAUUGUUCUAGUCGUCCAUUCCAAAGCUAUACCAAUCAGAUACAAAAUACUUUUAGGUUUAUCUUGUUAUUCGUGGCUUACUUUACCUUUAUCUGUAUCCAAUUUAGUUAUCGCCGGUAAAUUCCCGAUACCUUGUCCUCCUUUUAUAGAUUUCGUUUGUGCAUUUAUAGGUGCUGUUAAUAUUUACAUGUUCAUUUUCGGUGUAAUCAAAUCUUUCACAGUAUAUAGAUUCGGUUUGUUACGGUUAACGUUAUGUAUCAUAGGAGCAAUUGUAGUUAUACCUUUCAAUUUAGUUAUUGAAACUAUAGCUGUACUAUGGGGUAUAUUUGGAAAAAAACAUAAAUUUUAUGUAGUCAAUAAAACAAACGGACCUGCCGUCACAGUAACAGUUUAAUUUUAAUUUAUUAGCAAAGUGUUGCUAUAAAUUAUUUUCUAUUUUGUGAUAGAUGAAGGUCAGAUGAAGAAAGUAAUAGGAAUGUGGUUAAGAACCUGUAAACCAACAAAAAUGCGUUUUUUUGUUCAUUGUAAGUACCUAGUUGAUUCCUUCUGUAGUAUAGAUGCAAAGUAAUUGAAUGUGUUCUUUAUUCAUUGGCGUUGAGGGUUAAAAUCGUCCGUUUUUAUUUAUUUUUAUUGUAACUUAUUACUUUUUUGUGAUAUAUUAUUUUGGAUAAUAAUUAGACGUUAUCCGUUUGAAAA